UACCAAGCUGUGCUCUGUGCUGUCUUAAUAAAUUCAGCUAUCAAGUAUAUAUCAACAUAUAUUUACCUGUCUAAAUUAAAAAAAAUAUUAUUAUAUAGAUAGCCAUACUUUUUCUUUUAAAUAGUUCAUAGUAGAUACUACUCACGCAAGAAGUCACCGUAACUCACUUUUCUAACUGUAAACGAUAUUCGAGAAUCUUGAUUUCAAAGUUAGAAGUUGAAGUCGCAGUUCAACAAAGUGCAAUGCUACAGUGGAUUAAGAAUUCUAAUUCAAGUAAAUUCGUCGUCCACACUUGUUUGUCAAUUUUUACGGCAUUACUGGCUUUAAAGUUGGACAACACAAUUGAUUGGUCCUACUGGUCAGUUUUUGCACCAAUAUGGAUUUGGAAAUUUCUUGUGGUUCUUGGUGCUACAAUUGGAACCUAUGUUUGGUGGCAAUAUCCACAUUUCAGAUUAGAAGGUGAAGCCUACAUUCAUUAUAAGGCAAUGCUCAUUAGCCUUGCCAUACAUUUAAUAUUGCUAAUGUUUGAGCUUCUUGUGUGUGACCAAUUGACUACAUAUCGCCAUUUUUGGAUUCUUAUCUUCAUACCAUUAAUAUUUAUAAGCAUAGUAUCUAUUGCUAUUUGUAUAUGGUGUGUUAAACAUGACCGGAGUUAUGAGCUGGAACUAUUUUGUGCUGUUAACAUUCUACAAUUUAUAUUUUUGGCUUUGAAAUUAGAUACCAUUAUUACUUGGUCUUGGGAAGUGGUGUUUGUUCCUCUUUGGAUACUAAUGUGUCUUAGUUUAGUUGGUGUGCUAUAUAGCAUAAUGUUCGCGGGUAUUCUUCUACGUUCGCCCGAAGCCAACAUUCAACAGCGGAGAACGAGCUUUAACUCCGCCAUGGCCUAUACAUUCACUGUUGUGCCUAUUUUGGUGUUUCUGGUUCUACUAACGAAUAAGUUGGAUGACAGCCCAGAGAACAGAUUUUCAUACAUCGUAGUGGUCAGCCCACUGUUCGUUACUUACGCUACACUCAUUAUCAUGUCAUUCAGCUCCAAAGGAGGUAAUAAAUGGUGGUUCGGGAUUCGAAAAGACUUCUGCCAGUUCCUCCUAUCAGUGUUUCCCUUACUGCAAGAGUACGCAAAUAUUGCGUAUAAUAAUAACGUGAAUCGCGGAUCGGUUCCGAACGAACCGCCUAUUAAUCAAGAACCGUAUAGGGACGAAGAAAAGAAAGUCCAUAGAAAACAGAAGAAUCAAAAGAAAAAUGAAGCUUUAAAACCCGUCGUACCAGUAACUAGCAUAGAUAUGCCCGAUUGAAAAUCCAAUAUACUAUCUUGGGUCAAUCAGAGAGAAUCAAGGUAAAUUAUACCAAUUUUUUAUAACUAGCAAUCAAUUGGUAAUGAAAUAUAUUGGAUCUUAAUUGACGAGAAAUUAUUUUACAUUUAAUCAGCAAAUGCCUAAUUACCCGCGAAAACGUUAUCCGCCAUGUUUUUUUAUUCCUUAUGUCAAUAUAGUUAAUGUCAAAUUAAGAUGGCUGACAAUUAAAGACAAUAAACGAAAUAAAGGCGCUUAUUUAAAAGUGUCAACUAUAAUAUUCUGAUUUACGUAUUUGAGUUAUAAGCACACUAAUAUUAAGUAAAUAAUCUGUGACAGUCGGAAAUAUUUUCGAUUUAGCUAUAAUGUUACCAAAAAUUUACACUUUUUUUACAAUUUGGAUACAGCUUCAGAAAAUAGGAAUUAACUUUUGCUUUAGCUUUUUGUAUUAAAUGAAACUGAAAAAUUAGCAAAAUCGUAUUUAGUAAAUAUUUCAUUGCACAAUUAUUUUAUAUUUUGUUUACUCAUAAUGUUGUGUUAGAACUGGAUGGGGUAAUUAAACCAUAGACUAGGCGCAUCUGUAUGAAGAUAGCAUAGUUUUUCUCGCUCCCCCAAAUAGUACCAGUUAUAUAUGCAGCGAAGAGUCUCGUUGCAUUAUGUUUGUUAACUUUUGAGGAGUGAAUUUUGUACCAUAGGCAGGAAACAGUGGAAUUAAAUAUCCUUUUUAUUUAUAUAGAACCCGUAUUGUUAUUUCAAUAGUGUGUUCGUUGUUAAUAGUUUCUACAUACAAUGCAAAUGCCUCAAAUAGCUAUUCAAUGUUUUGUCCUUAUCACCCCAGUGUGUAAAUAGUGACAAAAAUAUAGGGGGAUAGGGAUUUAGUAAUACCAGUGUCUGGGUAGCGCAUGUUAAUCAUCUCAUUUAUUAAUAAAAAUUAAGCAUUUUUCCUAUGAUCUUGAUUUAGUUGUCAGUGAGUAAAGUCAAGGUAUAUUACAUAAAAUGAUUUACAUUGUCGGCUUAUAAAUCGUAUGAGAUUCCAAUAACUAGUUUCGUAUUUCGCUAAUGCAAAUGUUUUAUUUAUUUAAUAUUAAAUUCUUUUUUGUGUGUAACUCAGUCUGUGGUGGAUCAAUUCUCAGUCAAAAAUAAUCUUCCUAACGAAAUUAAAUGUCGUAUUUAAAACCUAUGUAGGUCAUUGAGCUCGAGAAGUCUAAGCUGAAUUUGAUCUAUAGAACUGAUAUGGCGCUAUUCAAAUUAUCAGAAAAGUCGGUUUCAGAAAGUGAAUAAUUAGUAAAUAUUUAAGGUAGCAGAAACCUUACGAACAAAUAUGACUAUUAAUUAUUAUCUUUUAAAAUUAUAUGUACCUCAACCGAUUAAGUUAUAUUUUAAGAAGCAAAGCCUUCUGAAAUUGGAAAGUAUCUCGAAAUUUAAGUAAAUUAUGAAAAUCAAUUUCUUUAAAUGCUAGAUGUCCUUCGUGAUAUUAGCUAAUAAAUCCUUGGUUCUGUAUUGGGUGGAUAAGUCAUUCGGUUUUUAUUGUAGUGAACCACGCAUAUUUCCUCUUUAUGGGUUUUUUUUAUAUAAGUUUAUGUAUCAACUAAAUCAGUCUUACGACACUUGUUUUAAAAGAAUAAGUUUGGUUAAAACAGCGUGGGUAAUAGAAUAUCAAAUCUAUAACAUAUAUUUAAUUACUGUGCACGAAACUCAAACUUAUUUAUAAGCCUCAAAAACUAAGAAUAUUUAGUAAUAUGACACUACAAAAUGUUAGUUUUUGGAUGUUUAUAGUGCGUGAUGAAUUAGUUUAUUUGUCAUAGACAUCCGUUAUAUGUCUACGACUGUCUGUCAUGUCUGCCAAUGUACUUUUUUAAAAACUAAUUUUGUAAUAUUUUCCCGCGCUUUGAGAUUAAUAUCUGUGUAAAUCAUAGAGCUAGUUUCAAAUGUAUAAACGUUCAUAGGAGUAUGUUGAUGUAACAAUAGACGUAAUUUAUAAUUUUUGUAGAUACAAAAUAAUUCGACCAAUACAAAGAAAGAAAACAUUGGAAAGAGAAUUGUUCACUAAUAACUUAAAUAUUAAAAUGCUUAAUAUAGCUUUUUUCACGCUUUAAAUUUUAUUCCUUAGGCUUAUAAAGAAUACGAUAGCUAACAUUUUAUUUUUAUACAUUAAUUAUGUUUUGCUUGCGGAAAAAAAAUGUUUACAUUAAAUGCCGGCAAUCAUUGUAUAUCAAGUAUUGCUCUUCAUAUCAUUGGUGUUUUAAAUAUAAAUGGUGCUUUAAAUGGUAGAAUAUAUUUGUAAAUAAUGUUCAAAGUUAUGUUAAGGGUUUAAAUGAUGCAAGUAGAGAAUAUGGAUGUACUUAAAAAGAGAUUUAAUUUAAAAAAUACUAAAAUCCUUCUACUGUUCGCCAUUGGUCUGUGUGUCGCGUCAUUGUUUAUCUUAAACUUUUGUGCUAAUGCGUCAUAAAUUUAUUUUCGUAUAUUAAAAGCAUAGUGAUUAAAAUGGCCUUUUUUAUUUUGUAAAAUAAUUAACAAAACUUAAUCAACUUCAUAGUUCUGCACAAAUUUCCGUUUGAAUAAACAACAACUGGUUUUCGGGAAAGAAAUGGAAUUAAGAAUUCUGUUCAAAACAAAUAAUCGUGAUCAUUUAAGUAGAUGCAUAUUCUCUACGAUCUCUUUAAGUUUUAAGUCAUAAUUUAUGUAUUUGUUAUUAGGCAGACUUGAAUGUAAAGCAGUAGGUGCAAUUAGGUACGAAGUAUUUUUUUAAUUAGAUGUAACUAAUUUAAGAUUUUUGUUGCAUAACAAUGAAUUAAUACUGUGAUAUACUCUUCCUAUUCGCUUCUCAGAAUGUUAUUUUGUUAAUAUUUUUUGUUUCAAAUAAAGUGUGCAGUUGUUAAG